AAAAGUUUUGAGCUCCUCAAAAGUCCGUAGGCACCAUUGUGGGUGCAAGGUGGUUUCUGGGCUCUGGGCGCCCCUGGCAUCCAGGUUCGGAGCAUGCUUCCUAGGAAAGCGACACGCUCCCCUGAGGACCAGAGCUGCCAGACUGCCUUCUUGAGUACUGUCAUGGAAGAGCUGCCGUCAGAUCUUAACAUCGAUCUCCCUCUGAGUCAUGAGUCAUUUUCAGAUUUCUGGAAACUUCUUCCUGAUGACAGCUUUCUGUCCACCUCGCUUUCCUCUCCCAUGAAUGAGUUCUCAGGAGACGAUGUUGAAAAGUGGUUAGAAAAUCCGCAGGAAGCUGUACAAACAUCUACAGAUGCUGUCCCCGAGGCCUCGGCCCCAGUGGCCCCUGCACCUGCAGCCCCUGCACCAGCCACGCCAUGGCCCCUGUCAUCCUUUGUCCCUUCCCAAAACACCUACCAUGGCAACUAUGGCUUCCGCUUGGGCUUCCUGCAAUCAGGGACAGCCAAAUCUGUCACAUGCACGUACUCCCCGACCCUCAACAAGCUUUUCUGUCAGCUGGCAAAGACCUGCCCAGUGCAGCUGUGGGUGGAUUCAACCCCUCCACCUGGCACACGAGUCCGCGCCAUGGCCAUCUACAAGAAGUCCCAGCACAUGACAGAAGUUGUGAGGCGCUGCCCACAUCAUGAGCGCUGUUCUGAUAAUGAUGGUCCAGCACCUCCUGAACAUCUUAUCCGAGUGGAGGGGAAUUUGCAUGCAGAGUAUCUGAGUGACCGCCACACUUACCGACACAGCGUAGUGGUGCCAUAUGAGCCACCUGAGGUUGGCUCUGACUGUACCACCAUCCACUACAACUACAUGUGUAACAGCUCCUGCAUGGGGGGCAUGAACCGGCGGCCCAUCCUCACCAUUAUCACACUGGAAGAUUCCAGUGGCAAACUGCUGGGACGCAACAGCUUUGAGGUACGUGUCUGUGCCUGUCCUGGGAGAGAUCGACGCACAGAGGAGGAAAAUUUCCGCAGAAAAGAGGAGCCUUGUUCUGAUCCUCCGCCUCUACCAGGGAGCACUAAGCGAGUACUGCCUACCAACACUAGCUCCUCCUCUUCUCAGCCAAAGAAGAAACCACUGGAUGGUGAAUAUUUCACCCUUAAGAUCCGUGGGCGUGAGCGCUAUGAGAUGCUCCGAAUGAUAAAUGAGGCCUUUGAAUUCAAAGAUGCUCAGACUGAAAAGGAACCAGAGGAGAGCAAGCCUCACUCUAGCUACCCGAAAUCCAAGAAGGGACAGCCUACCUCCCGUCAUAAAAAACUGAUAUGCAAGAGAGAGGGGCCUGACUCAGAUUGACCUCCUCUGCCUCCUCUCCCCCAGAUACAGUCCCCUACCCCUGUCCUCCUUCCCUGGGACUCAGGUGCUUGCCUCCCUGCUUGGCAUUGGUGUGCUUCGGAAAUACCCAGAACCAAGAACUCUUCCAUUCGCCAUGACUUGGGGCCCCCACUGCACUAGUGUUUUGGGGGUGGCAGUGGGAGCUAGGACACACCAGCUUAGCUUUUAAGGUUUUAGCUGUGAGGAAUAUUUGGAAGAGA